UUAGCCAUCUUGUUUUUUGCGCUUAACCUGGACUUACCGAAAACGGACAAAUACCGUUUUAAUACUUAAACAAGUUGAGUUUAAUAACGUAUAAUAUUCGUUUUUAAUCUGAUGUGAAGCAAGGCUAGUUUUAAUGAUACUAUAGUUAGUACUAAAACUGGUUGUGUAAAGCAGCUAGCUAAGCAGAUAGCCCAUAAUUUCUCCCGCAUCCAGGCGUUAUGGCGGGGAAUCCGCAGCAGCAGGCCGUGAGCAAACCUUCUUCAGGGAAACACGGCAACGUUUUACCUCUGUGGGGAAAUGAGAAGACAAUGAACUUAAACCCUAUGAUUCUCACAAAUGUGUUAUCGUCUCCAUAUUUCAAGGUUCAGUUAUAUGAGCUGAAGACCUAUCAUGAGGUUGUGGACGAGAUCUACUUCAAGGUUACCCAUGUGGAGCCCUGGGAGAAAGGCAGCAGAAAAACAGCAGGGCAGACUGGAAUGUGCGGAGGGGUGCGAGGUGUAGGCACAGGUGGUAUCGUAUCAACAGCUUUCUGUCUACUGUACAAACUGUUCACACUAAAACUGACCCGAAAACAGGUGAUGGGUCUCAUUACACACACGGACUCCCCGUACAUUCGAGCACUUGGCUUCAUGUAUAUACGAUACACACAACCCCCUGCAGACCUGAUUGAGUGGUUUGAGCCCUUCCUAGAUGAUGAGGAGGAGCUGGACGUGAAGGCUGGCGGUGGGUGUGUGAUGACUAUCGGUGAGAUGUUGCGUUCCUUCCUCACAAAGCUUGAAUGGUUUUCUACACUGUUUCCACGCAUCCCAGUGCCUGUCCAGAAGUCCAUCGACCAGCAGAUGAAAAACCGACCACGAAAACCACCACAGAAAGAAAGCAAAGAGGAUGAGGAGGAUGCAGACUGGCACCGCUCAAGGUCCCCGAGGAGAACACCGAGCCCUCUGAGAUCCCCCAACCGCUCACGCAGCCGCAGUCGCCACCGAGAACGGCGUGGAGCCAGCUUUGACCGCGAGCUUGAGAGAGAGAGGGACCGCCAGCGCAAAGAUAGAGACAGGGAAAGGGACAGGGUUGCAGACAGGGACAGAGAUCGAGAGAGGGAUCGUCGGCAUUCCCGAACCCCAGAUCGAGCCUCAGAGUGGAGGAGGAGCCGUGAACAGAGGAAUGAGAGAAAAGAGAGGGAGAAAGAGCAGGAUGGGGAGAGUGAAAGGGAGCGAAGCCGUCGGAAGGAACGGAAGCACAAAGAGCGCACCAGUGGUGGAGAGCGAGAAAGGGAGCGCUCAAAAGAAAAGAGAGCCAAAGGAGAAGGAGAUGACCGGCGUCACAAGGAUGAGCGAGAAGAGAGAAAACAAAGGGAGGAGCGCAAGUGCAAGCGGUCUAGCCAAAGCAGGAGUAGAGAGAGGAGGCACAAAGGUGAGCGCUCUAGCAGGAAAUGUUCUCGGUCACGCUCCAGGAGUCGUCAGGAACCAGAGGAGAAGGAGAAGAGUAGGAAGCGCGAGUGCAGCCACAGCAAGGAGCAUAUGCACAAACGCAGUCACAGCCGAGAACACAGUCACCGCAGAGAUGCCCGAAACGGGAAAGACCAUACGAGAAUGGACAUUGACGGGACUCCUUGAGCUUACUUUCCUCACACUUGUCUUUUUCUGUCUUGGGACCUUGUCAUGCACCCCCACCUUUUGUCCUACUAAUUCACUUGGUGUAGAUCUCAUGCAACCUUUUCUGUUCCAUCACACUUUAAGCCAUUGUGGACAAAAAAGGGAAAAUGCUUUUUAAAUAUUUCAUUUGUUUUGAGGAAUCCUUCUAGAAUGUUUGUACAUAUAAUUCCAGAGAAUGUUUUAAAUCAUACAGAUGAACAUGUGCUGAGUGAAACUGGCAGCAUGGCAACAGCAUAGAUCUGCUGAAAUUGUGCUGUGUUGCAUCUUGUUUCUUAAUAAAAAUCUUGUAUGAAAAGAGA